AUGCUAACAACGAUGCAACUAACCUUUGCUCUCAUGUGUAUCGUAGCAUCUUUAUCUGUCGUUCAAUCGUCGACAGAAAAAUCUGGCCAUAAGACAAAGGAAGACUGUCUUGAAGAACUACUGACCAAAGAACUUUCCAAUUCAUACAAUUAUCUACAAUUAUCAUCGAAAGUCGGUACAACACAAGGUUUCGCCGGCUUCUCGAGUUUAUACCUCAAAUUGAGCGACGAUGGUGUAUCAAAAGCUCAUGAUCUCGCCAAAUUUCUAGUUCUACGUCAAUUUGAUUCUCUGGAUUUAAUCGAUAAGAGCGGAAUCGAAAUUCACAGCGGCAUACACAACUUAGCAAACGAUAUCGUUUUCGGAAGUUUAGAGCAAGCCAAACUUCAAAAUGAUCAAACACUGGAAAAAGUUCAUGCUUGCCAUAAAUUAGGAGAUGCAAAUGUACAAGAUUAUCUCGAAUCCAACGUUUUAGAUUAUCACAUCGAAAUCGAUAAAUUCUUACAAGAUUUGAAAGAACGACUUGCUUCAACCACAGACAAAGAACUCACGAAGUAUAUGGUUGAUGAAGAACUUUUGAAUACGUACGGUGAUUAUCGAAAAGAAGUUUUUUCUUGA